CGGGCGAGGGACCCGCCGCUGGCCGACCGGGAUGAGCCUCGGCGCGCUGCGGCCCCACUGAGCCGGCCGCCGCGCGGGGCCCGAGGAGCGCGGGCCGGGCCAUGGCGUUCCUGGCCGGGCCGCGCCUGCUGGACUGGGCCAGCUCGCCACCGCACCUGCAGUUCAACAAGUUCGUGCUCACGGGCUACCGGCCAGCGAGCAGCGGCUCGGGCUGCCUGCGGAGCCUCUUCUACCUGCACAACGAGCUGGGCAACAUCUACACGCACGGGCUGGCCCUUCUGGGCUUCCUAGUGCUGCUGCCCACGACCGUGCCCUGGUCCCAGCUGGGCAAGGAUGGCUGGCUGGGGGGCACACACUGCGUGGCCUGCCUGGCACCCCCUGCGGGCUCUGUGCUCUACCACCUCUUCAUGUGCCACCAAGGCGGCAGUACGGUGUAUGCCCGGCUGCUGGCCCUGGACAUGUGCGGGGUCUGUCUCGUCAAUACCCUCGGAGCCCUUCCCAUCAUCCACUGCACCUUGGCCUGCAGGCCCUGGCUGCGUCCCGCGGCCCUGCUGGGCUACACCAUUCUGUCUGGCGUGGCCGGCUGGCGGGCCCUCACUGCCCCCUCCACUAGCGCCCGGCUGCGGGCUUUCGGCUGGCAGGCCGGUGCCCGCCUUCUGGUGUUCGGCGCCCGGGGCGUGGGGCUAGGCUCGGGCGCUCCUGGCUCUUUGCCCUGCUACCUGCGCAUGGACGCGCUGGCACUUCUCGGGGGGCUGGUGAAUGUGGCCCGCCUGCCUGAGCGCUGGGGGCCCGGCCGCUUCGACUACUGGGGCAAUUCACACCAGAUCAUGCACCUGCUCAGCGUGGGCUCCAUCCUGCAGCUGCACGCAGGUGUUGUGCCCGACCUGCUCUGGGCUGCCCACCAUGCCUGCCCACCCGACUGAGCCCCCCCUGCUGCUGGUCUGCAGUGCUGGCCUCCAGCUCCCCCCUGCUGGGAGCCUGGCCUAUACCCCCCUUUUGCGCUGGGGGUGAGCCUCUAAGAUCCCUGCCUUCCUCCAGGCUUCAGUUUACCCUCUUUGAAUGGGAACCGAGUCAGUGGGAAGAGCUGGGGGACCCAGUGACCCUACCCUCACCAGCACCUGGGCCUCGACCCUCCGCCCUGCAUGCCAGCCUCUCCGCCCAGACACACGGGUGGAAGCGCCAGAGCAGGCCUGGAAAGGGGGGAUGCAGUGGCUUUCUCCAGGCAGCUGGCAAGACCCCGAGCCAGGACCCAUCUCGAGUGCCAUGCUGACUGCACACCCGCUCAGGAAACCUCCGCCCACACUCAGGGCCCCCGGCCCGCCGGGACCAGGCUUCACAAGGGGCUUUGCACUGGCAGCCAAAGCCCUGGGCUCAGGGUGAAGAAAAUAAAAAGCCAGGAAGCGCCACCGCCAAA